AUGUAUACGCCUAUUGUUCAAUCUCUUGGACCUGACUGUCAACCGGUUCAUUGUCCAAAAUGUAAUCAAAAUACAAUAACUAAAAUUAAGUAUGUUAAUGGUAGUUAUACUUGGUGGAGUUGUAUUGGGAUGCUAUUCUUUGGAUGUUUUAUUCCUCUUUCGAUAUCAGUUAAAUAUUGUGCAAUAACUCUUUUAGACCUUUUGAUAUGUUAUGGUUUUUGGGUGGUCCUUGUCGGGUUUCCAAUUUGCUUCUGUUCGGUUUUUCCAUUCGUCUUAAAUAUUUGUAAGGAUGUUAAACAUUACUGUGGUAGUUGCGAUAGUUAUAUUGGGAAAUAUUAUCGCGGCAAUAGAAGCCCUGCAAUUGUAUUACCACCUCAACAAUAA